AUGAUUAAACGCAAACUAUUGAAUAUACCGAUAAAUUCAGUGGACGACGACGACGACACUACCACGAUUCCGAACUUACCAAAAUUAAGCAAAUUGACGUAUAAUAACAACGACGGACCAUUGGGCGCGCAACGAGUUCGGAUACUGACCGUACCGAAAGAACCGAUGUUGGCGUAUCCGUUAAUGGAUUUUACGAAAAUCGACAAGACAUUGUACGAUCGAGGUUACGAAAAUUUCAUCGUGGAACCCAAAUACGACGGCGAACGGUUAUUGUGCGUAAUGGACGGGAUCGGCGGUACGGCGUUUUUUUCGCGUACGCUGAAACCAUUGUCCGACAAACGAUUGUUCGACGUCACGUUGGUCGAUAAAUCAAAAUCGGUUAUAUUGGACGGCGAACGGGUAUACGUGGAUUCGGGAUGUUCGACGGAUCACAGUGGCGGCGACGACGAGGACGGAAUCGACAGCCGCGUUGUAUCUAUAUGCGAUACCGGUAUUCGCAGUUCACUCAAACAAGUGUACAUGGUUUUCGAUAUACAAGCUUAUGACGACGCGUACGUAGUGCACGAGAGUUUGGAAAUCCGACAGUCGUUGUUGCGAUCGGCGUUACGAGAAUCGGACACAGUCCGGAUUGUAAAAUCGCGCGCCGUCCGAACGCUGGACGGGUUGCGGAAAAUAUACGAAGACACGGUACGCGCUGGCGGCGAAGGUUCGAUUGUCAAAGAUUUGAGAACGCCGUACACGCCGGGCAAACGCAGGGACUGGAUAAAAUUGAAACCGGUACAUUUACGCGAACAACGAUCCGAAUACGAUUUGUACGCGCACCGUGCGCUACGAGACAAAAACGGUACGUACGGUAUAUUGGAGUGCGGUUAUUACAAAAACCGUCGGUCGGACGUUUUUGUGCCGGUGUGUCGUGUCGCUAGCGGACUGUCGGACGCCGUACGCAAUCGUAUAAAAUUAUUGGUCGAUCCCGUCGACGGGUUGUUCAGACGACGAACCGUGAUCACCGUGUCGGCGGAUAAGAUUACGUAUAAAAAAUCAUUGAGACAUCCCGUGUUUCUACGGUUUUCGUUCGAAAAAGACACGGUUGACGAUCGGUUAUUUACAACGGCACCCUCUUUUCGUCUCGACGAUAACCCAAAUCAAUAG